AUGGACAACAUCAGCCAUGGUACGGUCAUUCGCUACCUCGGUCUCAAGGGCUUAACACCCAAGGAGAUCCAUGAAGACAUGGUGGUCACACUAGGGGAGGAUGCCCCUUCAUACAGCAUGGUGAAGAAGUGGGCUGCUGAAUUCAAACGUGGCAGGGAGAGUCUGGAAGACGACCCCCGUCCGGGAAGGCCAGUCACCGUCACCACACAGGAGACCAUUGCCAAGAUUCAUGACAUCAUCAUGGCAUACAGACGGGUAACGGGGCGUUACAUUGCCACUGAGUUGGGUAUCUCACAGGAACGCAUCCAUGCAGUCAUCCACAACGAACUUCAAAUGUCCAAGGUGUUAGCACGUUGGGUCCCAAAGCUCCUUGGACCUGAUCUGAAACGGACUGGGCUCAACAUGUCAAGGGAAAAUCUUGCCAUUUUUGAGGCGGAUCCCAACAGUUUUCUUCGGCGAUUUGUGACUAUAUAG